GUUAGUUAGUUAGUUAGUUAGCAAGCAGUCUUAGCUUGUGUAAAUUAAGAGAAUAACGAAUGGAUCCCAGUAGUCUAAAUCCAGAGUGACAGCAAUGUAAAAGUAGCUUUGUGCUAUGACUGAAGAGCGUCGGCCAUAUUGUGCAGGUAACAGCACACCUGGCACUAUUUAGCCGUUAACUGCAUCCACCACUGCUCUUCUCCACGCGAGAUGGCGCAACCUCGCCGAGUCGAGUUCACGUCUUUGCCCAGUGACGUCCGGUCCUGUGCGGUCAACGGAACCGUCCUCGCCCCGAAGUCUCCGCCAGAACGCGGCGGUGGAUCCCGGCCAACGGUGGACUGCGUGCCGGGUUCGGUGCGCCUCGUCAUCGCCUUGUUUGAGCCGGACGAACGUAGCUUCAGCGAGUUCAGUUACACUCAGCUGCUGGAAAGCAAGAAGAGCAACAAAAACAAUGAGGUCAAGCCUAGGUCCAGGUUCGAGGUGGAGGAGCAGUGGGAGAAGGAGCAGAUGGCUGACCUUGCAAGGAAGAUGGAGAAAAAAUAUACAGUCAAGAAAAAGCAAGACCGCGUUCAGGACUUGAUUGAUAUCGGCUACGGUUAUGAUGAUGAGGAUUCCUUCAUUGACAACUCGGAGGCUUACGACGAGUUUGUGCCCUCCUCAAUCACCACCAAAUUCGGAGGCUUCUACGUCAAUUCUGGUGUGCUGCACUUCCGCCAGGUUUCUGACACUGAAACGGAUGAUGGGACCACAGGAGAGAGAACGCCAGAAACCGCCAAGAAACGUGACCUCAAAGACGGACAAGAGAUGCCGAAGAAGAAAAGGCGCAGAAAAGUUCUGCUGGAUAAAAACGAUGAUGAGGCAAAUUCCAGAGUCUCAUCUGAGCUUGCAGUGGGUGACGAGCUGAUGAUGACGAUGAAGAAGAAGAAAAAGAAAGCGGCCGGCACUCUGAGCGUCACCAGCAUGCUGAAGAAGUUCCGGCGAGAAAAGGAGCGAGAGCGGAAGAAAAUGGAGAAAGCUAAACAGCGCAUGGCCAGCAUCCCACUAAGUCCUGUGACGCCACACUGCCCGGCGGACGCGGGUGGCGGCGGCGGCUCGGGAUUGGCCGACCCGCUGCUCAGCUUGAUCGGAUCUACAGAUGAACAGGCACUUCUCCAGGCCGCCAGUACGGUGGAAUUUGACAUCGACCUCGACUGUUUAUUGGAUGUCGGUGACGAGAUAUCAACACCCCAGUCUUUAAUGGAGGCGCCCCCUCCAAACCAGCCCAGAACAGACCAUCCACAACCGCCUGGAGCCUCUUGCGAUGCAACACAGCCUCCAAGCAGAAAAAUGACCCAAUCACAAAAGCCUAAUUCAGAGGUUGUGACAUCUCUUCAUUGCGCCGUCCUACCAGAGGGACUCCCGCCUCCACUGGAGAGCAGCAUCAAGAAAUUGAUGCUGGCAGCCAAGACCGCGGAGGGGGAGUCCAAACUCAAGUUCUUCACCCCGGAAAUCAACUCUGUCCUGCUAGACAUAGAGUGUCAAUGUCGUGAGCACGGCGGCCAGUUGCGCUCCUGGGUGUACACACACCUCUCGUCCUUCCUGCCCUGUAGCAAGGAGACGCUCCGGAAACGUGUCAAGAAACUCAAGCUUGCAGAAGGCCUUUCAAACAUGGGGGAUCCCAUGCAGAAGCUGAAUGAGGCCAUCGGGAGAGCCAUGCCCGAGCAGAUUACAUGUUUCAACCAACAUUGUCAAGAAUAUGAGCAAGUUAAGACCCUGAGGAUGAUGGAGGAUGGGAGCGACGUCAGGCAUGGUGGCAUCGGGAACAAUAUGGAAGAGAAGGGGGCAAAAAGAGGAGGCGGUCCAAAGAAGUUGUUCCGAUGGAAUGAGGAGAUCAGGGAGUUGCUGCGUCAUGUGCUGAGAGAAAAACUUGCAGUAUUUCAAGAGAGGAGUGAAGGGAGGCAGCAACUGGAGGAGUGCCUCAAGGCCAUAUUGGUCAAGGACAUCAAGCCUCUCUGGCCCAAAGGCUGGAUGCCGUCCAGGGUGCUGCUUAGUGAGAGCAGGAAGAUAUUGGGCCUCCGGCUGACGUUUCCAACAAAGAGAUCCAGAUCUGAAAAGAAGCAGCUGUCAUUCAUUGCUCCACCGGUGUUGGAUCAAAACAUGGGACCGCUGCCACUCAAAGUCGAACUCCCUUGUGAGGCAAAUUCAGUGGUUGAAGCUUCAAAUGCAUCUUGCGUGACCAUGGAGGAUCCCGAAGUGAUUGUCUUGGAUUCAGACUCUUCGCCAACUCCCAGUGAUGAAUCACCAGUGAUCCUCACUGACCAGUCUUGGGCUCACUUGGGCCCACCGGUACCCCCCCAUGAGCUGUUUGCGGCUGCUAUCGCGAAAUACGAAAAUUCUCUUCAUCGAUGGAGCUUUAGCGCGGCAAGCGGCGGCUCUCCGCUUCCGCCGCCGCCGCCGCCUCAGUGCAGCCCAGUCACCUUUCCAGAAGCAGGCCUGCUGCGUCACAUGGUCCUGCCAAAAGUGCUGCAAGACUCAACGGGUGGCCCUGCAGAUUGUGGCCCAGAACUACAGAUGGGCUCUGAUGAUGUCAAUGUUUGAACUUUCCCCAUGUCUUGCUUGGAUGAAGUAAGUCAAGAUAUUCUUUCAA